AUGGCUCAUUCUUUUCCGGAAUGGAAUUUUGACUCGAAUCACUCCACUGAAGCAGAAAAUGGACGUAUUGUGGUCAUAUGGAAUCCGGCAUUAUCGGUGAUCACCUAUCUUAAAGCCCCUCAGCUCGUGGUCUGUGGAGUAUUUGAUCCAAUUACCAGCUGCUCUUUCACAGUAGCCUUUGUUUAUGCCUUCAAUGACAGAAUGAAUCGCUUACCCUUAUGGGCAGACAUCAAAAGGCUUGCCUCAUCUCCUGUUCUUCGUAAUGCUUCUGAACUUUCCAGGCAUUUGGAAUAUGAGAAGAUGGAGCAGCACAAGAAGAAGUACCUUGAGAAUUUUGCACUUAUGUAUGGGAAUCAAACAGUUGAGGAGUUCAUAAGAAUCAUCGUAAGAGAUGAGAAAAUCGUAAGAGCAUGCUAUGCAGAAUCAACAGACUGGAUAAGCUCUGAAGACUUCGUUGAAAUGAUGCUCGUCGACUCGGUGUUCAUACUAGUGUUUUUAAAGCAGACCGGACGUAGAUACAUCGACAAAACAGGAGAUUUUCUUUUCGACAAGUCUUGCCACCGAGACACUAUCUUUGAAGACCUACUCUUGCUCGAGAACCAACUUCCAUUUUCCCUUUUGGAAAACCUCUUUGGACCCUUCUUCAUAAAGUUUGGAGAUAACUUGACGUUCCACGAGCUAGACAGUGCAGGAGUUGAUAUUGUAGGGAAUAAAGUAGAGAGGGGCACAUCGUUCGAACGUGGUGUUUUGACAAUGCCUUGCUUCACAGCACGUGGUCACACGGAAAGGUUGUGGAGGAACAUAAUGGCACUAGAGCAGUGUCAUUAUACUUACGCAGCCUAUGUUUGUCACUACAUCACUUUCUUGGACUUCCUCAUCGACACCGAGCAAGACGUUGAAUUACUCGUCAACAAAGGGGUUAUAAAGAAUUUGUUGGGACAUUCCGAAUCGGUGGUGGAAAUGGUGAACAAGAUGUGCUUAGGGCUCGCUGAUAAUGGCUCUUACUAUUACGAUAUAGCCGAGAGACUUAACAAAUACUACGACAACCGUCUCAACAGAUCCCUCGCAACUCUCCGGCGAGUCUACUUCAAAGACCUUUGGACUGGAACUGCCACCAUCGCAGCAGUUAUAAUUCUGGUCUUGACUUUGAUUGGGACGGUGACUUCCGUUCUCCAAGUGACUCAGGACGACAGUGAUCCCACUAAGUCACUGCUUCCGCCCCCUCCUUCCCGGGACUUGUAG